UAUCUAAAUUAUUGUCAAAUUUCUAUUUAUUUCUCAGUAUUGGACGUUUAGUGAUUGUUGACGUUACUUUUACUUUUUAAAUUUAUUUUACUUUUAAAUGUAUGUAGACAAUUGUGUGUGACUAUAAACAAAUUAAAAUUCUUAGUUUGGACUUAAGGAAAAUUAAUUCAUAUAAACAUUGUUGUGUCAACCAAAAUAUAUAGUUAAUUUGUUGUAGUUACUUAUGGAAAAAAACAUUAUCGUGGUAAUUGAUUGGAUAAUGAAUCUACAAAAUAUCUAAUUACUACAAUGUUAUGACAAUUUAUUUAAUUAUACUAUGGAGGAGAAGAAUUCUGAAUUCCGACGUAAAGAAGGAUGUCAUCUUCAGGGAAAUUCUUGUUGUGCUCUUAAGCAUGCUGUGAGGUCAUUAACAAACCUGGAUGAUUUUACCAGUGAACGUAUUGGUGAAGGGUUUUUUUCUGAAGUAUAUCGUGUUACUCAUCAGACUUCAGGGAAAGUUAUGGUCCUUAAAAUGAAUAUUAAACAAUCAAAUCGUUUUAACAUGCUUAAAGAAGUACAGCUGAUGAAUAAACUUUCACAUCCAAAUAUACUAGGGUUUGAAGGAGCAUGUGUUUACAAAGGAACUCUUCAUGCUUUAACAGAAUAUAUUAAUGGUGGCAGCUUAGAACAAUUAUUAGAAUCUAAACAAGAACUUUCUUUUAAAAUAAGAAUGAAAAUAGGGCUUGACAUAGCAAAUGGUAUGCUGUACUUACAUUCAAGAGAAAUUUUUCAUCGUGAUCUAACUUCAAAAAAUGUAUUAAUAAAGAAAAAUGAAAUAACUGGUAAUUUAACUGCAGUUGUAGCCGAUUUUGGAUUAGCUGCAAAAAUUCCAAAAAAAGGACAAAGAUUACAACAAGUUGGUUCACCUUGGUGGAUGUCACCAGAAUGUGUUAAAGGCCAUGUAUAUAAUGAAAGCAGUGAUGUAUUCAGUUAUGGGAUUAUACUCUGUGAAAUAAUUGCUAGAGUAAAAGCGGACCCAGAUAUUUUACCCAGAACACAAAAUUUUGGUCUAGACUACAUAGCUUUCAUUGAGUUAUGUUCAUCUUGUCCUCCACCUACUAUAUUUCUCAAACUAGCUUUUUCCUGUUGCCAUUUAGAUGCCAAAUCACGUCCUACAUUUAAAGAUAUAGUCCAACAAUUAGAAGAAUCAUUGACUUAUCCUCCUACAAUCAACUCAACAUUGGCUGGAUCAAGAAGAAGUCAAGCUGUUGCAACAAGAUCAAAUCCUUGCUCAACAGCCAUGGUGGAAGCACGAAGUGAAGAGUUCCUUUUAAAGGGUGAUGUACCUGAAGAAAAUAAUCACAAAAAAUUGUAUCACAGUAGAUCAUUAUCUGAAGAUGAAGGUCUUUUGGCCUUUCCAGCCCAUACGGCACCUUCAGACAAGGCACGUUGUCAUUUUGUACAACCAUUACGGUAUGUUGGGGAAAGUAUGUGCCGCCAAGAUCCUCAUUAUAAACCAUGUCCAUCUAAAUCUAACCCUUUUCAUAAGUUGGACGCAAAGUUUCAAGGUGUUAGAAAAAUACUUGCAUCUACAAAUGGUUCAGAUUUAUUUUCUUCAUGUUGUGAAUUACCAUCACCAGGCUAUAGUGAACCUGAAAGACGAUGUUCACUUAGUGUAUCAAGUGGUGGUACUCUUAUUUCUAAAUCAUCUACGCCUAAAGGAAAACAUGAUGCUGUUCCCAAAGUCACCAAAAAAUGUCGGUCAAACUCACUACCAGAUAAUCUUCAAAUAUCUAGGACUCCUGAUAGGCGGUGGUUGUCUGUUACUAACUUAGGAAGCAUUGCAGAUACUUUUCCAUCUAUAACAAUAGAUUCAUGUUGGACUAAUCUUUCAAUUCCCGUCAAUUCUGGUGUAACUAUUCUAAGGCGAAGAGGUUCAUGUGAAUCGGGGUUUUACAGUAGUGUUUGUGAUGACUAUUGUUUACCAGGACUUGAGUGCCAACAUACAACAAAUGCUUCAACAGUGACUUUAUCAUCUGGUUCAGCUACAUCUUCAUUGUUCCUAGAUUCAACUGGUGAUGAACACCAUCUCAAACCAGCCAACUAUUGUUUUCAUCAUAACAAUAUUCGCCACAGUUCAGACGAUCUCUCUUCAUAUAAUGAAUGGGAAAAUCAUCAUAAAACUAGACAUAUUAGUAAGAUUGUUGAAUAUUUUGAAGAAAAACAGAAUCAAAAGGAGAUGCAACCAUCUGUAAAACAAAGACGUUCGGGUCUUGUGUCUGGAGUCUUAAGACGUGCACCAAAUAUACAAAGUCCAACAGUAUUUGGUAAACGAAUUCUAGUUUGUGAAGGCGCUGUUCAAUCUAAAUUGAAGCUUUUUGAUAGAAAAUAAAUUUUCUAAUCAGGGUGCUACAUGCCAAUUAAAAAACAUAUUUUAUUACUAAUUUGGUUGGUAAUUUUCCAAUAUUCUUUUUGUCUAGUCAAAGGUACCACAAAAUGCCAAAACAGUAAAAUGUAUAUUAAACCAUUAUGAUAGUAUUUAAUUAUUUUAGUUGCCAUAAUUUUUUUUUAUUUAUUAAAUAUAUAUAUUAGUUACACGGCCACCAGGGGGGUUUUAUUGUAAGAAAAAGUUUUGAAGAUGAUUUUUGUAUUUUUAUUGAAGAAACUAAUUAUACUUCUAGCAAAUCAACACAAAAAUUAAAAGAACUAUUUUUAUUGUAAGUGUUAUAUUUUUUUAAUCUGUUUUGUGACUGAUUAUAGUAUUCACUACAAAUAUUGUUAAAAAAAAAAGCAUUAAGGCUAGAAAAGCUGAUUUAGUUUAACAAAAAUAAAUUUACAAUACACAAAAGUAA